AUGUUCUCCAGCCCGUACGCGCUGCAUAUCCUCUAUGGCCUUGCUGUAACCUCUAUAUCUAUGAACCUAGUCAGUCUCCGCCGCUCAGCAGAGGAUGAAAGGUAUCGCAUUGAGGCACAACUCUCCAUACUCGAUUCGAUCCGCAAGCAGCUCAAGGACACAACGAUGCCGCUUUCGACCGACGAACUAGCAAGAUUAAGGCGGUUAGCAGAAUCUUCCAAGAUCCCUGCUGAGAAAUCAAAUUUAAAUCUCAAUGUAUCGGAGAACCUAGCCACCACAGAUGUUUCGUGGAGUGCCAUUUUCCGCGGUAAGGGGCCUGCAUUGUCGGAAGAGACUAGCAAGUGGGAGAAGCAGGAUAUGGAAUCUAUCCGAAAAGAGUUUGAAAAGGAUUCAUAA